AUUUUUGAUAUCCUUUUACUUUAUUCAUGAUAUGAUAUACUUUUUAAUUUAAUGUCCAACGAACUUUCUAUCACCGGGAUCAGAAAUUACAUCAACACAAAUAUUUAGUUCAACACACGUAUUUUGAUUAAAGAACUGAAGUUUCAAGAAUAAAUAAAUUUGUUAAGUUACAUUUAAAGAAGUUAAAAAGGAUAAAGAAGAAUAAGUUGUGGCGGAAGCAAAAGGCGGCAAAGAGAAGAUGGCCAAAAUAGGAAAAAGUAGUUUUAAAGACUUUGGGAGGAUUCCAUAUAGAAUCCGGGUCGGAGUCAAUUCGGGUCCAACUCAAUAUUUCCCCAAAUAAAACAACACCCUUUUGUUUCCCACUUCUCACUUCCCUGCUCAAAAUUCAUUGAGGGAGAAUAAAAAAAGGGGAAGGGCUUUUCUUUGUGUUUCUUUUUUUUCAUUUGGGUUUUUGGGUUUUGUUUAAGAAAUGAAAGGAGGAAGGAAAAGGGUAGUACAGAGUGAGGAAGGAGGAGGAGGAGGGGGAGGUGGCGAGAAAGAGAAGAAAAGAGGAGGGAGUGGGAAUCAAAUAGUUGAAAGUGAAGGACUUGAGGAGAAAAAGAAGGAAGAAGGAGAGGAAGAGGAGGAAGAUGAGGAGGAAGAUGAAGAAGAAGAAGAAGAAGGAGAAGAAGGGAAAGAAGAAGAAAAUGAUGAUGGAAAAGAAGAAGAAAGGACUAAGCUUGAUGAUGGAUUCUUUGAGAUUGAAGCUAUUCGUCGUAAAAGGGUUCGAAAGGGCCAACUUCAGUAUCUCAUCAAAUGGCGUGGAUGGCCGGAAACUGCAAAUACAUGGGAGCCAUUAGAGAAUCUCCAGUCUUGUUCUGAUGUUAUAGAUGCAUUCGAGGAAAGCUUGCGUUUGGGGAAGCACAAUAGAAAGCGCAAACGCAAAUAUGGUGGUCCUCAUAUACAGUCCAAGAAGAAGCAGCCACGCUCUUCUGCUUCUACAUAUAAUGCAACUGGUCUUGAAGUCAAUGUCGUUGAUAAGUCUCCCUUGGUUCCUCUUGACAAUUCAGACGUUGCCACUCUUUCUGCCUCAAGUCCGCUUACAGUGCCAGUACGUGAGGGAGAGAGUAAUGGAAAUGCAAAAAAUGUCAAAAAAUCUAACAGAGUUAAGGAGAAUGGUUCUACAAAUGGUUCAAAGCAAAUUGAAGAGAGGAAGGAUGAAAAUGAUUAUGAUACCAAGCUUAGUGAGCUAAAAGGAGCGAUAUCUUCCAAUGGGGUCAAUGCUGAUAAGCUUGCAAUACGGUUCCAAGGAGGCACGGCUUCUGAAGGUGAUGGCCUUGCCAAUGGCCUACCAAAGGUUGAUCAUGUGAAAUCGGUUCAGAGUGAUCGUCGCAUAGGGGCCAAAAGAAGGAAGUCUGGUUCUGUGAAGAGGUUUAAACAAGAUCAAUCUCCCUCUGGAUCUAAUUUGACUCAAACUGCAACACCAAAUAUCCAUGUUGGCUAUGGAAUUACUGAUGCGCAGAUAGGAAUUGAAAAUCUUGGUUUUUCAGCAGAUGGUUUGAGUCAUAGGCAUCUUAUCGAUAAUUCUGUAAAUGUACCUGUCAUAACCAAGAUCCUCAAGCCUGUAGUUUUUUCAGCUUCUGUAUCAGACAACACUCAAGAUGUAUCAGUAACCUUCUUGGCAAUCAGGUCUGAUGGAAAAGAGGUUAUGGUGGACAACAGAUAUCUUAAAGCCAACAAUCCACUUCUGUUGAUCAACUUCUACGAGCAACAUCUUAAGUAUAGUCCUCCAUCUUGAUCGCUGAGGCUUAGAGCGUUAUAGUAGCUGGACCCAAGCAUAUUUGUUUUGUUUGUAUACAGUGUUGUAACUUAGUUGCAGGAGAUAGAGCAGGGUAGCAAGUGCAGUCUCAGUUUCAUAGUGCCAGGCUGAGUGAUGUAGUGACAACACUAGGAGCUUGGCACGGCAUCCUGAUCCUGGUGAAGAAAUCUAUUUUGCAUGCUUGGUUCUGAACGCAUGCACUUGCACCUGUAACUUUGUUUAUUUUGUGCUGAAUUUGCUAGCAUUUUUACUUGCAAGGACGGGGUCGUCACUCUUAUCCUUGGUAUCCUAUAUAGGAAUAUUGCACUGUUUUCUAAAAUUGCAUUGUAUGGAAUCUUUUCAGUCUACAUUUUUAGUCAACAAA